AUGCGUCGUCAUCGCAAGAUGCAUCUUGCUGGUCGUCAGUUCCGCUGCGUCGAGUGUAAUGCUACUUUUGCCCGGCAAGACGUCUAUCAUCGACACGUCCAGCAGAUCCACGGUACCGCCCGUACUUCCUUGGUAUCGCGGACUAAUCACACGCAUGGGGAUCAGGAGGCAGCCAAGAUUCGAGAACAGGUCUCCCCACUGUUGUCCAAACACGGCCGAAGGCAUCGCAAGAGAAGCCGGAUGGCCUGCGACCUAUGCUGGAAGAAGAAGGAAAGAUGCGAUGUAGGCGAUCCCAUGUCCGACCAGCAGUGCAGCAACUGUGCGCGGCAGGACACUGAAUGCCGCUACUCGCGCCAGUCGAACAAGAUCAAGAUUCCCGUUCUAGCACACGGUGGCAACAAACCAAUGGACGAUCUGGUGGAGCACGCUCGAAAUGACUCAAUGCAAUCUCAAGAAUCUAAUGUGCUGCCGCAGUCUACGUCUUCGUCGCCGUAUACACCUGUCGAUGGCUUAUCUGUCGAUGACGAUUCAGUCCAAAUGCCCGCAUUGGUUAUGCAGAAUCGCCAGGAUGCGUCUGCUGAUGCGCUCCAAGCAGGUCCACCUGACUCCUCCGUCCCAGCAUACGAGCUUGGCUUAUUUUCGCUUGCCAACGCGGUCCAAACCGACCCUAGCCUGCACGACGAGAGUACCAGAACCGAGCACUCAUGGAACCCCCAACUGUUCUCGUCGAUUCCACAUAUCAGCACUGACAUUGUCCAAAGCUGGGACUGGUUGAUGGACGAAUUCAUUCCCUCGUCACCUCUGCUUGAGCCUCAUCGCAGCACACCUUGGAGCUGGCGUCGCCCCGAUCUGGAUCAAUACCCCCUCAGGCACCGUCACACUGGUGUCUCAGCAUCAAAUGUGCCCUCGUUGGCCUUGCCUGACGUAGAGGACGUCCUUCAGCAGCCCCAGCAGUCUGCUUCGCUCGACGCACCGCACCUCGAGGGUCUUGCCGAUAUCUGCGCUGGCCUCGGUCAGGAGAAUGCUUCUCUCGCCCAAGAUCAUCUCAUCGAGCCCACGGAUCCGAACUGCACCGUCACAGCCCAAGCGCCCACCUCGUCUAGCAUGCAUGACAGUCAUCGAACAUGUAUCUAUGAUCUGGUACACGCUUGCUUCCAGACCAAGCAAAGCUUGAGUCCAGAGGCCUUGAUGUUCAAACAAUCCUCGAUCCUUGAAGCCAGACUGGGACUCAAGUUCGCCAACAUAUCCGACGACAGCAUGGAUCCCCAGCACCUUCUGCGUCAUUACGUUCAUCUGUACUUUCGAAACUUUCACCCGCUCUGGCCUAUCCUUCCUGUGUCCCUCUUCGACCUGCAUCGCUGCCCACCCCACCUCUACCUCACGCUUGCGAUUAUUGGAUCUCAGUUUGGCACCCAGAGCGAUGCCGAGUUUGGCCAGAUGGCCCACCAGGUGUUUCGAACCGUCCUCAUCGGCCGAGAGCUUGACAUGCACGAGGUUGUUGAAAGUGGCGAGAUGCUCUGCCUUACCAUGCUCCUCAAUAUGGCCACGGCACUCUAUUUUGGCCAACGCCGCUCCUUCUACUUUGCUCAACAGCUUAGAACUCUGCUUCUCAUCCAUGCCCACCGCAUCUGCCUUUUCGAUGAGGCGCGUCAUGAGAUGUUUCUGCCGCCCAAACACAAUCUUUCCACCUUCACGACCAUUGACGAUGCCUCGAACUGCUACCCAGAGGUGGCGCAGGCCGAGGUGCGCAGACGUAUUGCCUAUGGCCUCGUGCGCUUGGACGCGUAUAUUGCGUUGCUCAUGGGACAACGCCCACAGAUCGACGUGGACGAUCUGCGCAUCUCGAUGCUUGGCGACCCUAUCUGGUGGCAGGGCGCACUCGCCAGCACAUCAAGCUCUGAUGCAUCAGCUCACCUGGACGGUGAUGAUGUAACGAGGUCGAGUGUAUUGGGCGGUAGCACUGUGGGCUCCUCGGCGAGCAAAUCCACGCGCGACCCCUCUUUUGCCCUCGAGGCGACUGUCGGCGAGCACAAGCCAGUUUUCUGUACUGUGAUCCGCCGCUUCUACGCUGGCAUGAUGGACGGACUUGCCCUCCACCGUGUUGUGGAUCAGGAGCUGAUCCUGUUCGGCCUUGUGCCAAAAGUGUUGCUUUUGGGCCGACAGAGAUAUUCUCUCUGUCCCACGAUCGGAUCUAUCACCGAGUUUGACCAGAAACGGAGACAGGAUCCCGACUUCCUUCGCGAGCCUGCCCGACGCUCGGCAGCGUACGACGACGAGCAUGAUCCGUAUGCCAUCAAUGCUUCGAGCCAUCCACCGUCAGACCAGCUCGACUACCCAAUGAUACGCGAAUGGGGCUAUACUUUGGCCACUUUAGCACGUUGGCGUCAAGGGUUCACUUCCACACAGGCCAACGCUCACGUGCUCUCGGCUCAGGAUCGUCAGAAUCUGUUUCACUGUCACAUCCUCUACUCUUGUCUCACAUUACACCUCUUCGCCGACAUGGAGGAGCUCCGUGGCCUGUCGGUGUUGCGGCGCCGCGACCCUCACCAUCCACUCUAUCUUCGUGCUCUGCGUUGGUCUCGAUCCGGCGAUGCCCAGACGGCGCUGCGCAGGGUGUACAACACACUCGAGCUUGUCGUCGACGAGCUGGUAAAGAGGGAUGGGGCUGAAUUCACCUUCUUGUCCUACGUCGUCAUCUACCAUGCCUCUAUAUUGCUCUGGGUGUCGAUGCAGCUCAUUGAAGCGCAGCAGUGCUACGGCAAAGUUUCAGCCAUUCUGGCCAAAGUGUCCGAUGCUGCAAGCCACUCUCCUGACAGCAUUGCAACUGCGGCGGGGAGGGAUGUCAAAACGAUGGUGGCCACGACCAUGCUUCGCAUCGGCGAUCUUUACCUCAAAUUCAACUGUCGCUGGCCGCUGGUGAACAAUUUUCGUGAAUUGAUACGCGAUCUUGCCCAACGGAGCUUGCUGUAA